AUGGAUUGUACUCACGGAGUACGUUCAUGUCCGACUUUUUGUGUAUUGAAGACUGUGGUUGUUGCAGUCGGGGCGAUUUCUAUGCUGUUUUUCCCGCUCGGCGAUCCGUACGAAGUAUGCAGAAGUACAAAUACAGCUCUAAAACAAAAUGUCCCGAUGGUCUGUUUGUGUGACUUCUAUAUCGAGGCAGUGAAAUUUUUUACCAAAACAAAGGAAGUUACAGAGGUAAUGGUGAGGAAAACGUUCGUUCUGCUAUAUGAAGCUAAACUAAAGUUCUACAAUAUCUUGAAUAACUUGGACGGUGGCGACUUGUAUCAGUCAAUUUGUUGUAAGGAUAGUGAGAUUGGUCCAGGAGAAGAUGGACGUACACGACCCAUUUGCAAAUGUUCAAGAAAAUGCUUUAAGAAAAACACUGUUUAA